UCCCUGUCUCCCCCCCCCCCCCCCCCCCCCCUCCCCAGACAGCAGGGAUGGGUGGAGUGGAUCUGGGGGUCUGCUCAGUAACCCCGGCUUCAUGAACAUGGCGUCCUCUCUGAUGAACAAUCCCCAGGUUCAGCAGCUGAUGUCGGGGAUGAUGUCCGGUGCGUACGGAGGGAUGCCUGCAGCAGCAGGCGGGGGGGCAGGAGGGAUGGGGGCAGACGUAGGGGGGUCCGGAGCGGGACUCGGGGGACUCGGAGGACUCGGAGACUCGGGGCAACCUGGGAGGACUCUGGGGGCGGCGUGGCACCGGGGGCGUCUGCAGCUCCUGGAGCCGGAGAUCUAUCAGGACUCAUCCAGGC